GAAGUGCUCAGAUAUUAAAACAGAUGCACAAACAGUCACACAUGCAAAUAAAAAGAGGAAACAGUUGGAUGGGAACUUCAAAAUCACAUGACUGGUGACUAAGUUAAAUCUUUCCUCCUUACUGUUAGUCCGAUGAUCUUCCUGGCGAGUUUAAAGUAUCGGAGAUACUAAAUCAUGUUGCCGUUUAUUCUCUUUUCGACGCUGCUUUCUCCCAUAUUUACUGAAUCUGAGAAGCAACAGUGGAUCUGCAACUCCUCCGAUGCAAUUAUUUCCUACCGUUAUUGUGAUCACAUGAAAUUCCCUAUUUCAAUUAGUUCUGAGCCCUGUAUAAGAUUGCGGGGAACUGAUGGAGUUUUGCAUGUUGCGCUCAUUCCAAGAGGAAACUUAAAAAAUUUAUAUUUCAACCUAUUCAUCAAUGUCAACUCCAUAGAGUUGCCAAAGCGCAAGGAAAUUGUUUGCCAUGGAUAUGAUGAUGAUUAUUCUUUUUGUAAAGCUCUGAAAGGAGAGACUGUGAAUACAUCAAUACCAUUUUCCUUUGAGGGAAUACUAUUUCCUAAGGGCCAUUACAGAUGUGUUGCAGAAGCUAUUGCUGGGGAUACUGAAGAAAAGCUCUUCUGUUUGAAUUUCACCAUCAUUCACUCCCGUACUGCCAAUUAGAAUAUAUUGAGUACAAAAGCAGUGUUGUUUUUCUUUUAAAAACUUUCCCAUUUAUCUUUUAUUUUAAUGUGUGUGUGAGCCCUGGUUAGCUGGAACUCGGAUUUGCCUGCCUCUGUCUCCCAAGUGAUGGAAUUAAAGGUGUGUGCCAUGAUGCCCAGUGCAGCUGCUGCUCCUCCCUCCCGUUCCUCCUGUUCCUCCUGUUCCUCCUCCUCUUCUUUUUCUUCUCUUUGAGUCAGGUUCUCACUAUGUAGCUCAAGAUGGCCUUGAAUUCCUUACACUUCUGCCUCGGCCUCUUGGGUACUGGGAUAACAAAUCAGAAGUGUUGCUCAUAUUUUAAGGAUCUUAGUGUCUAUUUUAAACGGGCACUGAGAAAUGUAAAAAUUAAGGAAGAAUAUAAACAUUAAGGAAGAAUAUUUUUUUGCAUUAUAACUAUUUUUAUUUAUGUUUUUCAUUGUUGAGGAUUGACUAAAUGGCUUCAUAGAUGCUAAGCAUGCAUUCUACCACUGAGUUACAUUCUAUGUCCUAUUUUGAUAACAUAAACUUAUGUGAGCAUUACUUUUAUAAACUUUGAUAUAAAUCAUGUUAAAUACA